AUGAGUCCCGAAGCCAAGGCGAAACUCCAGCUGUUCUUCAAACACGUACGAUACCUCAUCAUCGAUGAAUACUCCAUGUUAGGCAAGGCGUUCUUCGCGAAACUGUCCAGGAACAUCAGCAUAGCCAAACAAGAGGCGGGCCAAGCAGCGUCUAGCGAAUCUUUCGGGGGAAUCACCCUAUACUGGCCUGCCAAUCCCGCGCAUGACUCCACCGAAGCCCAACUCGGACGCGCCAUAUUUGCCGAAUUCCGGGAGACCGUCAUUCUUCGAGAGCAGAUGAGAGUAACAGAUCUUGUGUGGCGGCAGUUCUUGAGAAACCUGAGAUUCGGACGAGUACGGCAAGAGGACCUCACAAUGCUUCGCCGCCAGAUCCCAUGGAGCAGCGCGGGCCUGGUGACGCCACGGCAUGGAGUGAGGGAGAAGUGGAAUGGGCAAGCGAUAGCGGAGCACUGCCGUCGAAGCCGUGUGCGACGAUACAUUGUGAGAGCAGACGACACCAUUAGCAACCGAGGCAAGCGCAGGGAGUUGACGUUGGAGGAGCAAAUCGAAGUGCAGAGGAGGCGACUGAAAUCGGGCCGAGAGGAUAAGCGCAACAGCUUGCCGGAUGUGGUGGAGAUCGCGAUAGGGAUGAAAGUGAUGGUGACGACAAACGUGGAGACAGACCUGGACAUUGCGAACGGAGCGAGGGGCACCGUGGUGGGUGUUGUGCUGCAUCAGGGAGAGACCGGCGUAGCCAGUGGCGACACGGUGACAUUGCAGCAUAUGCCUGCAUACAUUCUUGUCAGGCUGGACAGGACACGAGCG